UUGUGGUAGUGUCCAGGGGCGGACUGACCAUUUGGAAACUGCCCAGGGCCCGGGGCCCAGGGUCAGUAGGGGCCCCAUGAGAUGCCCCUGGUACCUUUUUCAUAGGCUUUUUUGAGUUUGGGCAACGACACAGGGGCCCCAUGAUCCCCUAUUGCCCGGGGGCCCCAUGAGUUGUCAGUUAGCCCCUGGUGUGCAGCAUCGUCAGUGUGUCCUCAUCAAUGCCCACCAGUGCCGCCUCAUCAGUGCCAGCUCAUCAGUGCAGCCUUUCAGUGCCCAU